AUGCAACUCAAACAACUCGUCCUCCCCGCCCUUGCCCUAAGCGGCUCGGCCUUAGGGUCUCCGACGCCCGCCAAAAGAGCCGAUGAAAAGGUCGGCUAUCUCUCUGUCUACUGGACAACGGACGACGAGAGUGUCUACUUUGCAUUAAGCGACAAUGAUGACCCGCUUGGAUUUGCCGCAAUUAAUGGUGGUAAAGCCGUUGUUUCCCCAACUCUGGGUACCAAGGCUGUUCGCGACACGAGUAUUAUUGCGGGACAGGGCAAUAAUGCUGGGAAAUAUUGGAUUAUUGGAACGGACCUCAAUAUCGACGAUAUGCCAUUUGGGAUCCCGAACAAGGUUAGUAUUCGUACUCUAACUGAAGAUCAAUGGACGAAGCUAAUUCUCCUAGAACAAUACUUCGUUCACUGGGCCUCAAAAUUCUACUCUCCCGACGACACAGACCACACAGGCAACGCAACCACAGGCAACGUCCUGCGCUACGCAUACACCAGCGACUUUAAGACCUUCACCGAACCCAAAGACUAUAUCGUGGGAACUACCGACGUGAUCGACCUUUGCAUCCUGCAGCUCGAUAGCAACACUCUUUUGCGGUCAAAUGUCAACAGCAGUAGUUCUGAUGGUUUGCCUGUGGAGAUCAGCACCAACGGCCUUCUCGGUGACUGGUCUGUUCUUGGCAAUGUCGCCGACAGCACCAGCUAUGAAGCUCCCUAUUUCUUUGCCGAUAAUGCCGGUGGUGGUAAGGGAUACAUGAUGGCCGAUCUUGUCGGUAGCUCUCCCGGUAUUUCUGGUUGGACGACGGACGAUCUGAGCAAGGGUGUCUUUACUAAGGAUACGUCUCAUGAUUUGACUUUUAUGAGACAUGAUUCCGUGCUUGGUGUUACUCAAAGCCAGUAUGAUGCGCUGAAGGCGAUGUAA